GUGGACACACAAGAGUUAACUGGCGGCUGUGACAGGGCGAACCGCCCUCAGGAAGUGUUACUCACCACUGGGAAUGUGAGUGCUCUUGCCUUGGGGGCUGGAUUCUCUUCCUGAGUCCCCGGAGAUACCGAAGGAUCUCCCAGCCAUGGAAGCCCCUGGAGAGUCUGGAGCAGGCCUUCUCGGAGUCCCCAGCCCAACCAGCUUCGCACCUGGGCACCUGGAGAGAGAAAAGCCAGCCCAGGACCCGCUGUACGAUGUGCCUGAUGCCGGCGGGGCACGAGCAGGUGGGCCCCAGCAGCCCGGGCGCACCGUGAGCCUGCGGGAGCGCCUGCUGCUUACCCGGCCCGUGUGGCUGCAGCUGCGGGCCAACGCCGCGGCCGCGCUGCACGUGCUGAGGACCGAGCUCCCCGGGACAUUCCUGGUACGGAAAUCUAACACUCGCCAGUGCCAAGCCUUGUGCAUGCGGCUGCCCGAAGCCAGCGGCCCCUCCUUCGUCUCCAGCCACUACAUCCAGGAGAGCCCUGGGGGCGUCUCCUUGGAAGGCUCACAGCUUGUGUUCCUGGACCUGGUCCAGCUCAUCUGUGCCUACUGCCACACCCGGGACAUUCUUCUCCUCCCGCUUCAGCUCCCCAGAGCCAUCUGCCAGGCAGCCACCCGCAAGGAGCUGGAAGCCAUCUCCCAUCUGGGCAUUGAGUUCUGGAGCUCCUCCCUCAACACCAAGGCUCAGCCAGGCCCAUCUGAAGGCCCACUGCUGCCCAGGCUGAAGCCCCGGUCCCCACAAGAGCUGGACCAGGGCACUGGAGCUGCCUUGUGUUUCUUCAACCCCUUGUUCCCAGGGGACCUGGGCCCCACCAAGCGGGAGAAAUUCAAGAGGAGCUUCAAAGUGCGUGUGUCCACAGAGACCUCCAGCCCCCUGUCUCCACCAGCUGUGCCGCCUCCCCCAGUCCCAGUGCUGCCAGGGACAGCCCCCAACCAGACAGAAAGGUUGCCCUCUCGCCAGCUGCUGCGGAGGGAGAGCUCAGUGGGGUACCGUGUGCCAGGGGGCACCGGCCCCAGCCUCCCGCCCCUGCCUUCCCUCCAGGAGGUGGAUUGCGGCUCCCCCAGCAGCUCAGAGGAGGAGGGGGUGCCAGGGUCCCAGGGGAGCCCAGCAACCUCACCCCGCCUGGGCCGCCGGCGGCCCCUGCUUCGGUCCAUGAGCGCUGCCUUCUGCUCCCUGCUGGCGCCCGAGCGGCAGGUGGGCCGGGCAGCCGCAGCGCUGAUGCAGGACCGACACACAGCCGUGGGCCAGCUGGUGCAGGACCUACUGACCCAGGUGCGGGCCGGCCCUGAGACCCAGGAGCUGCAGGGCAUCCGGGAGGCGCUGAGCCGGGCCCGAGCCAUGCUGAGCGCGGAGCUGGGCCCGGAGAAGCUGCUGCCACCAGAAAGGCUGGAAUGCGUCCUGGAGAAGUCGCUGCAUCACUCCGUGCUCAAGCCUCUCCGGCCCAUCCUGGUGGCCCGCUUGCGGCGCCGUCUUUCCGCCAACGGCUCCCUGGGCCGCCUGGCUGAAGGCUUCUGCCUGGCCCGGGCCCAGGGCCCCAGAGCCUUCGGGUCCCACUUAAGCCUGCCCUCCCCAGUAGAGAUGGAACAGGUGCGCCAGAAGCUACUGCAGCUACUUCGUGCCUACUCACCCAGCGCCCAGGUCAAGCGGCUCCUGCAGGCCUGCAAGCUGCUCUACACAGCCUUGAGGACCCAGGCAGGGGAGGGUGCAGGGGCCGAUGAAUUCCUCCCACUGCUGAGCCUCGUCCUGGCCCAGUGCGACCUUCCUGAGCUGCUGCUGGAGGCCGAGUACAUGUCAGAGCUGCUGGAGCCUGCCUUGCUCACUGGAGAGGGUGGCUACUACCUGACCAGCCUCUCGGCCAGCCUGGUCCUGCUGAGUGGCCUGAACGAGGCCCACACCCUCCCGCUGAGCCCUUCGCAGGAACUGCAGUCCUCCCUCAACCUCUGGGAGCAGCGCCGCCUGCCCGCCACCCACAGCUUCCAGCACCUCCUCCGCGUAGCCUAUCAGGACCCCAGCAGUGGCUGUACCUCCAAGACGCUAGCCAUGCCCCCAGGGGCCUCGAUUGCCAUGCUGAAUAAGCUCUGUGCCACCAAGUUCCGGGUGACCCAGCCUGACACUUUCGGCCUCUUCCUAUACAAGGAGGAGGACUACCACCACCUGCCCCCCGGAGCCCUGGCCCACCAGCUCCCCACCACCGGCUACCUCGUCUAUCGCCGGACAGAGUGGCGCAAGACCCAGGGCGCCUCCCCGGGGGCUACCACAGAGGAGGGCAGUGGGAGGCCAGAGGCAGAGGGCAGGGAGCAGGAGAAAGGGGGCCGGGGAGAUGGGGACACCAAGGUCAAAGCCAGUCCCAGGGACAGCAGGGGAGAGUCUGAGACGAUGGCCGAGGGGGGCGAGGACCAGGCCAGGGGAGGCCCUGCUCAGCCAAGGGGGCCAGAGGCUGAGGGAAGCCAGGCAGCAGAGGAGUAGCUGGGAGUGGGCAGAAGGGCCAUUUGGGGCAGAAAACUCCGAGCCUGCUGGGAAGGCCUUUCAGAGCCAUCCGCCCCACUGGCCAAGGCACAGCCCCCUAGUCUUCCCCACCCCGGGCCGCUCCGUGUCUGCCACCUCCUCUGACUGUCUAGCCCUCUGAUCACACCUGCUGGGAGGUGCCUGGACUGGCCACAUCUGGGCACUGAAGUAAAGCGCAGGGGGUUUUGGGGGGGCCCCAGACGAAGGGCCUAAGGCCCCUUGGCCUCUCAUCCUUCUCCCCCAGCCGGAGGCCAGCCGUCCCGCAGUGGUGAGUGUGCCCGACAGGGGACACAUCCAACAGGGGCCCGACCUCUGGCAGUGGAGGGUGGGGCUUCAAGGCCCUGAAAGGCCCCACCCACUCCUGGGUGUCAGGAGGAUUUGGGGAGGCAGCAAGAUGUCGGGGCCCAGUGCUGCCCAGACCACCUGGAGGCCGAGCACCUCCAAACAUCAGUGUCCUCAUCUGUGAAGUUGGGGUGCUACUACUGCCCUACCUUCUCCCAGAAGUCUUCCAUGGGUCAGAAUGGAUGGUUUUGUGGCAAAGCAGAGCUCAGACUAGGGGAAAGGGGAGGGAAGGAGGUUGGAUGCUAGCAACACACAUACACACACCUCUC